UAUCGAGUUUUAAUUGGUGUCAGAUUGUGAUUGAGUCCAGCAGACGGCGCUAAAGGCACAGAUGCGCUCAUAGUUUCAGUUUGAAGGUGCAGCGCGUGAUGGUGAUGUGUGUGUGUGUGUGUGUGUGUGUGUGUGUGUGUGUGUGUGUGUGUGUGUACGUGCCAUUAAACGCGUCUCCUUUGCGUUAUAAGAGCGACACAGUCAGAAUGAUGCUGCAUCUACAGCGCAACUUCAGCAGUUUUUAGGAAACAUUGUAGCAGCUGAAAGAUGCAUGGAGGAUUUCUACAAAUGCUCAAGAAGAGGAAGGAGUUGAUUCCUCUGAUUGGGUUUGUCGGAUGUGCUGCACUUGGAGCAGCAGCAGCCUCGAUUUACUUCUUACUGACCAAACCAGAUGUCAUUUUAAACAAGACCAGAAACCCAGAGCCAUGGGAGACAUUAGAUCCGUCAACACCACAGAAGCUCAUAACUAUUAACCAGCAGUGGAAACCAGUGGAGGAGCUGGAGCUGGUGAAGAAACUGACCAAAUGAUCUCCUCUGGCUCUCUCUUCUGAAUUUCCGUGUUAAUUUAAUCGGGAUCUGAACUCUGUGUUUGCAUGCACUGGAUUGUACUUUAAACAUGCACUGUGCCUUUAAGAGUGAAAAUCACUUGUGUGCUGGAUAUGAACUUAAAUAAAUGUAUGCUAUGGAUUAAAAAUGAAUCCGUCUUUCCUUUGUGAAGUCUUGUUGGAUACGUUCAUUUGCAGAUGAGUUAAUCUCAAGAGGUUUCAGAUAGAACAACAAGAGAAUAAAUCAAGCCUGCUGACAGUUCACUGAGUCAUUAUUUGUAAUUUAACUGAAGAGGAAGUGCUGCUGAGGUCUCCAAACGACUCGGUGCUUCCUGCUUCCGUCUUCAUGUUUGAGAAACAAUCGUUGAGCUCUGACCUGAAGAAGCUGCUUUCAUUCAGAGCACAGAUCUUCACACAGAGAGGCUGAU